GAAGCUCCAGAGACUGAAAGAGUCAUCCUGCACCCAGGUCCUGUCUCUCUGUCUUUCUGUCUAUCUUGCAUUCUGCAUUCUGAUUCAAGAGCCUGGAGACAGCCAGGAGCUUUAGCGAUGGCCAUCUUCAUUCUUUGGUCCCUGUGUAGUGUUCUGGUGCUGGGCAUGGGAGAAGGUGGCACAGGGAGUGAGGAAGGAGUUGGGGAGGAAUGUCAUCCCAGUCUGCCUCCCCGCUGCCCCUCCGUAUCACCCAGUGCCCAGCCCGGGACACACCCCGGCCAGAGCCAGCUGUUUGCAGACCUGAGCCGAGAAGAGCUGACGGCUGUGAUGAGCUUCCUGACCCAGCAGCUGGGCCCACGCCUGGUGGAUGCAGCCCAGGCCCAACCCUCAGACAACUGCAUCUACUCGGUAGAGCUGCAGCCGCCCCCCAAGGCUGCAGCCCUGGCCCACCUGGACAGGGGGCGCCCCCCGCCUGCCCGGGAGGCACUGGCCAUCGUCUUCUUUGGCGGACAGCCCCAGCCCAACGUGACUGAGCUGGUGGUGGGGCCGCUGCCGCACCCCUCCUACAUGCGGGAUGUGACUGUGGAGCGUCACGGGGGCCCCCUGCCCUAUCACCGACGCCCCGUGCUCAUGCGAGAGUACCGGGACAUCGACCAGAUGAUCUUCAACAGAGAGCUGCCCCAGGCUGCUGGUCUCCUCCACCACUGCUGCUCCUACAAACGCCAAGGAUGGAACCUCAUGACGAUGAACUCAGCCCCCCGUGGCUUGCAAUCAGGGGACAGGGCCACCUGGUUUGGCCUCUACUACAACAUCUCAGGGGCUGGGUUCUUCCUGCAUCCCGUGGGACUGGAGCUGCUGGUAGACCACAAGGCUCUGGACGCUGCCCAGUGGACCAUCCAGAAGGUGUUCUUUCAAGGCCGCUACUAUGAGAGUCUGGCCCAGCUGGAGGAGCAGUUUAAGGCCGGCCUGGUGAAUGUGGUGGUGGUCCCAGACAAUGGCACAGGUGGGUCCUGGUCCCUGAAGUCCCAGGUGCCCCCGGGUCCGGCUCCUCCCCUGCAGUUCCAUCCCCAGGGCCCUCGCUUCAGUGUCCAGGGGAGUCGAGUGGCCUCUUCAUUGUGGACUUUCUCCUUUGGCCUCGGAGCUUUCACUGGUCCAAGGAUCUUUGACAUCUGCUUCCAAGGGGAGAGAGUCGCCUAUGAAGUCAGCGUUCAGGAGGCCUUGGCUGUCUAUGGUGGAAAUUCUCCUUCUGCUGUGAGAGGCCGGUACGCAGAUGCCAACUUUGGCUUGGGCCACUUUUCCACGCCCCUGACCCGUGGGGUGGACUGCCCCUAUCUGGCCACGUACGUGGACUGGCAUUUCCUUUUUGAGUCCCAAGCCCCCAAGACACUACGCGAUGCAUUUUGUGUGUUUGAGCAGAACCAGGGCCUGCCCCUGAGGCGACACCACUCAGAUUUUGAUUCCCACUAUUUUGGGGGCCUUGCAGAGACAGUGCUGAUCGUCAGAUCUGUGUCUACCAUGCUGAACUAUGACUAUGUAUGGGAUAUGGUCUUCCACUCCAAUGGGGCCAUUGAAGUUAAAUUCCAUGCCACAGGUUAUAUUGGCUCAUCCUUCCUCUUUGAUGCUGCCCGAAGAUUUGGAAACCAGGUUGGGGAGCACACGCUGGGCACUGUCCACACCCACAGUGCCCACUUCAAGGUGGAUCUGGAUGUGGGAGGACUGGAGAACUGGGUCUGGGCUGAGGACAUGGCCUUCGUCCCCGCGGCGGUACCCUGGAGCCCCGAGCACCAGAUACAGAGGCUGCAGGUGACCCGGAAGCUGCUGGAGACAGAGGAGCAGGCCGCCUUCCUCCUGGGAGGUCCCUCCCCUCGCUACCUGUACCUGGCCAGCAACCACAGCAACAAGUGGGGGCACCCUCGGGGCUACCGCAUCCAGACGGUCAGCUUUGCUGGGGAGCCCCUGCCCCAGGACAGCUCCAUGGAGAGAGCCUUCAGCUGGGCCAGGUACCAGUUGGCCGUGACCCAGCGGAAGGAGGAGGAGCCCAGCAGCAUCAGCAUCUAUAAUUUGAAUGACCCCUGGACCCCCACUCUGGACUUCACUGACUUCAUCAACAACGAGACCAUUACUGGACAGGACUUGGUGGCCUGGGUGACAGCCGGUUUCCUGCACAUCCCACAUGCAGAGGACAUUCCCAACACAGUGACUGUGGCGAAUGGCGUGGGCUUCUUCCUCCGACCAUACAACUUCUUUGACCAGGACCCCUCCAUCGAUUCUGCUGACUCCAUCUACUUCCGGGAGGGCCAGGAUGCUGGGGCCUGUGAGGUCAACCCCCUGGCUUGCCUCCCCCAGGCUGCAGCCUGUGCCCCUGACCUCCCUGCCUUCUCCCACGCGGGCUUCUCCCACAACUAGGUGGUUCCUGGGAUGGGGAAUGUUCGGGACCCCAGGGCCAGAGAGUAUGGGGAGGGGAGGGGAUGGGCACUGGGUGGGGCACCCUGUGCCCUCUUCUCCCUCCUCACAUCCCUGGUCCUCUCUCUCCCAUCAUCCUCCCUUGCCUCCCCCUUCCCUGCUGGGAGCAUCCUGAGCCUGUGGUGGCUGACACAAGGGGUUCUCAGCUCUCUUGACCCCAAACCUACUGGGUUCCUGUGGCAGAGAAGAGCGGAAUGGCCAGCGGGGAGUCUAAAGUGAUGGCCAUAUUUUUCCCAGAAGACUCCUUUGUUGUUGUU